GUUGGACCUGAGGGCAUCCUGCAGAAUGGGGCCGUGGAUGACAGCGUGGCCAAGACCAGCCAGCUGCUGGCUGAGCUAAACUUCGAGGAGGAUGAAGAAGAUACCUAUUACACGAAGGACCUCCCCAUCCACGCUUGCAGUUAUUGCGGAAUACAUGAUCCUGCCUGCGUGGUUUACUGUAACACCAGCAAGAAAUGGUUCUGCAACGGCCGUGGAAAUACUUCUGGCAGCCACAUUGUAAAUCACCUCGUGAGGGCAAAAUGCAAAGAGGUGACCCUGCACAAGGACGGGCCGCUGGGGGAGACAGUCCUGGAGUGCUACAACUGCGGCUGCCGCAACGUCUUCCUCCUGGGCUUCAUCCCCGCCAAGGCUGACUCGGUCGUGGUUCUGCUGUGCAGGCAGCCGUGCGCCAGUCAGAGCAGCCUCAAGGACAUCAACUGGGACAGCUCGCAGUGGCAGCCCCUGAUCCAGGACCGCUGCUUCUUGUCCUGGCUGGUCAAAAUCCCCUCGGAGCAGGAGCAGCUGCGAGCACGGCAGAUCACGGCUCAGCAGAUCAACAAGCUAGAGGAGCUCUGGAAGGAAAACCCUUCGGCCACCUUGGAGGACCUGGAGAAGCCAGGGGUGGACGAGGAGCCACAGCACGUGCUACUGCGCUACGAAGAUGCCUACCAGUACCAGAAUAUCUUUGGGCCACUGGUCAAGCUUGAGGCCGACUACGACAAGAAGCUGAAAGAGUCUCAGACGCAAGAUAACAUCACGGUCAGGUGGGACCUGGGCCUUAACAAGAAGAGAAUCGCCUACUUCACUUUGCCCAAGACUGACUCUGGUAAUGAGGAUUUAGUCAUAAUUUGGUUAAGAGACAUGCGGCUCAUGCAGGGGGACGAGAUCUGCCUUCGCUACAAGGGCGACCUGGCACCCCUGUGGAAAGGGAUUGGCCACGUCAUCAAGGUCCCUGACACAAACUUAACCCAGCGCCCAGAUUAUGGUGAUGAGAUCGCCAUCGAGCUCCGCAGCAGCGUGGGCGCGCCCGUGGAGGUGACACACAACUUCCAGGUGGACUUCGUGUGGAAGUCGACCUCAUUUGACAGGAUGCAGAGCGCUUUGAAGACCUUCGCGGUGGACGAGACCUCUGUGUCAGGCUACAUCUACCACAAGCUGCUGGGCCACGAGGUGGAGGACGUGAUCAUCAAGUGCCAGCUGCCCAAGCGCUUCACUGCGCAGGGGCUCCCCGACCUCAACCACUCACAGGUGUACGCCGUGAAGACGGUGCUGCAGAGGCCGCUGAGCCUCAUCCAGGGCCCACCUGGCACAGGGAAGACCGUGACGUCUGCCACCAUCGUCUACCACCUGGCUCGGCAGGGCAACGGACCCGUGCUUGUGUGUGCUCCAAGCAACAUCGCCGUGGACCAGCUGACGGAGAAGAUCCACCAGACGGGGCUCAAGGUUGUGCGCCUCUGUGCCAAGAGCCGCGAGGCCAUCGACUCGCCAGUGUCCUUCCUGGCCCUGCACAACCAGAUCAGGAACAUGGACAGCAUGCCGGAACUGCAGAAGCUGCAGCAGCUGAAGGACGAGACCGGGGAGCUGUCCUCCGCAGACGAGAAGCGCUACCGGGCCCUCAAGCGCACGGCCGAGAGGGAGCUGCUCAUGAACGCUGAUGUCAUCUGCUGCACCUGCGUGGGCGCCGGCGACCCGAGGCUCGCCAAGAUGCAGUUCCGCUCCAUCCUGAUUGACGAGAGCACCCAGGCCACGGAGCCCGAGUGCAUGGUUCCCGUGGUCCUUGGGGCCAAGCAGCUGAUCCUUGUGGGCGACCACUGCCAGCUGGGCCCGGUGGUGAUGUGCAAGAAGGCGGCGAAGGCCGGGCUGUCGCAGUCUCUCUUCGAGCGCCUGGUGGUGCUGGGCAUCCGCCCCAUCCGUCUGCAGGUCCAGUACCGCAUGCACCCUGCGCUCAGCGCCUUCCCAUCCAACAUCUUCUACGAGGGCUCGCUGCAAAACGGCGUCACUGCAGCCGACCGUGUGAAGAAGGGUUUUGACUUCCAGUGGCCCCAGCCCGACAAGCCCAUGUUCUUCUACGUGACGCAGGGCCAGGAGGAGAUCGCCAGCUCGGGCACGUCCUACCUGAACAGGACGGAAGCUGCCAACGUGGAGAAGAUCACCACAAAGCUGCUCAAGGCCGGCGCCAAACCCGACCAGAUCGGCAUCAUCACGCCCUACGAGGGCCAGCGCUCCUACCUGGUGCAGUACAUGCAGUUCAGCGGCUCCCUGCACACCAAGCUAUACCAGGAGGUAGAGAUCGCCAGCGUGGACGCCUUUCAGGGCCGGGAGAAGGACUUCAUCAUCCUGUCCUGUGUGCGGGCCAAUGAGCACCAAGGAAUCGGCUUUCUAAACGACCCCCGGCGUCUCAACGUGGCCCUGACCAGAGCUAGGUACGGCGUGAUCAUCGUGGGCAACCCAAAGGCGCUGUCGAAGCAGCCGCUGUGGAACCACCUGCUGAACUACUACAAGGAGCAGAAGGUGCUGGUGGAGGGGCCGCUCAACAACCUGCGCGAGAGCCUCAUGCAGUUCAGCAAGCCGCGCAAGCUGGUCAACACCAUCAACCCGGGGGCCCGCUUCAUGACAACAGCCAUGUAUGACGCCCGAGAGGCCAUCAUCCCGGGGUCCGUGUACGACCGCAGCAGCCAGGGCCGGCCGUCGAACAUGUACUUCCAGACGCACGACCAGAUCGGCAUGAUCAGCGCGGGCCCGAGCCACGUUGCCGCCAUGAACAUCCCCAUCCCCUUCAACCUGGUCAUGCCGCCCAUGCCGCCGCCCGGCUACUUCGGACAGGCCAACGGGCCGGCGGCCGGCCGGGGCGCCCCGAAGAGUAAGACCGGUCGUGGGGGGCGCCAGAAGAACCGCUUCGGGCUACCUGGGCCCAGCCAGACCACGCUCCCCAACAGCCAGGCCAGCCAGGACGUGGCGUCGCAGCCCUUCUCGCAGGGCGCGCUGACGCAGGGCUACAUCUCCAUGAGCCAGCCCUCCCAGAUGAGCCAGCCCGGCCUCUCCCAGCCCGAGCUGUCCCAGGACAGUUACUUGGGUGACGAGUUUAAAUCACAGAUUGACGUGGCACUGUCGCAAGACUCCACGUACCAGGGAGAGCGGGCGUACCAGCACGGCGGGGUGACAGGGCUGUCCCAGUACUAGAAGGUGGCGGCGGAAGAGCUAAGCUCUGUGGCUUAGUGCAUCAGCAUCUUAUUCUGGGUAAUAAAAAAUAAAAAUAAAUGGAUACCUGUUUUCCACUGCUAAAACUGAAGCACCACUGUGUGAGCAACAGGAGAGGGAGAGGAGCCGCCGAGGGAGAGGAGCCGAGCACGAGCGCCCUGUGGGCGGCAGCGGCUGGCGGCGGCGGCGGCAGCGCACGAGGAGGAGAAGGGAGAGCAGACGGGAGGUGGCGGCCCAGGAGCCCGCCGCCCGGGAGGCCCAGCUCGCCGCGCACCCCUGGGCCCGCGACCAGGCGGAGGGAGAAGACCCUCAUCUCAGAGUAGCCCUUUCCUCUGGUUUUUCUUUCUUUUCUCUUUUAUUGAAAGGGGACUACAUUUUAGCAGGAAAAAACUUGGCGUUUCUGUGCCCUAGCAGGCUGCUGGCGGCGGCCGUGCCAGCCGGGCCCGAGGAGCGCAGCUCCCGGACUGCCCAGGUCCCCUGGCCUGUGUUCUAAGGGUUUCACUUAAAGAAAAUAUGGUGUUUUGGGUUUUUCUGUUUGUUUUUUUAAAGAUUUUUCAAAGAAGUACUGAAAAAUACUUUUCUAAGUUUGUCUCUAAGAUCUUAGCGGUGGACCUGGGAGUCGUGAGCAGCUUCCAGAAACGAGGUGUCAGUUGGCGCACCCGGAGGCCGGAGCGACGCCGGACGCAGUCUCAGGAGGAUGUUUAAGGUUUUGCUUCAGCGGCUUCGCAAUGUGGGCAGCGGCCCGGCCCAGAGGCCCACGCGUGCCUCCAAGGACUCCGAGGAGCGUGGCCACUUCCACGCCGUGGACUCGCCGGGGCUCUGGCCGCCCCAUGGAAGGUGCUCGUGGCCCCACAGCGACCUCAGCCAGGACUGCCUGGGGCAGGAAGGCGCCAUUCCGUUCCCGGCCCGGUGGUUUUUGUCCCUUGGGGUGUGGUGGAAGGUGACAGCCAGAGGGCUGUCCCCAUCCUGGUGGGCUCCCAGUCCCGUGCUGCCCACAGCCUGCCUGCCGGCCCAGCCUGCUGACGGUGGGGAAGGGAGCAUACCGAGGGGUGGCCGGCUCUGCCCGAGGGCCUGGAGUCAGCUCCUCCGUGGACAGUGCGUGGCGCUGCUCUGGGCGCAGGGCGAGAGUUGGUCGCGAGUCGGGCGGCCUCCCCUGCCCCGCGCGCCCUGGGAGCCAGCUGACCGGACGCAGGGCCGCCUGCCUGGGGCCGGGAUGCUUUCCCAUCGCAGGCUUUUGGUUCCCUUCUUCCCUAGGCCGCUAGAGGCACCCCGCCAGGCCCCCUUCCCCGCCCGCCCUGCCUCUGCCUGUGCCCUUUGCUUUGCCCUCCACCUUCCCAGCAGUCACUCUUGAGUUCUACCGGUCGGCAAGCAUCCGUACCAAGGCAAUGUAACUUGAUUUUUGGUCAAUAUGUUUUAAGCUCUUUUGUCACCAAUAAAAUCUUAAUAAACA